AUGAGUGGAGGAAAUUCCAAAAGGAGAAUCGAAACCGAUGUUAUGAAACUAUUGAUGAGCGAUCAUGAAGUGGAGCUAGUUAAUGAUAAUAUGCAAGAAUUCCAUGUUAAAUUUCAUGGACCCAAAGAUACACCGUACGAGACUGGUGUUUGGAGACUUCAUGUGGAACUGCCGGACAACUACCCUUACAAGUCACCAAGUAUUGGUUUCGUCAACAAGAUUUUCCAUCCCAACAUUGAUAUUGCAUCGGGAUCAAUCUGUUUAGAUGUUAUUAAUUCGACAUGGUCGCCCCUCUACGAUUUGAAAAACAUUGUCGAAUGGAUGAUACCAGGACUGUUAAAGGAACCCAACGGUAGUGAUCCACUGAACAACGAAGCCGCAACAUUACAGUUAAGAGAUAAGAAAUUGUACGAGGAGAAAAUUAAGGAGUACAUCGACAAAUACGCCUGUGCAGAAAAAUACGAGCAGUUGUUCGGUACAGACGACGAAGACGACGAUGAAGAUGACGAUGAAGACGACGAGCAAGAGAACGAUGAAGAUGACGACGAAGAUGUCGAUGGUAAUGGAGAUGAAGAAGUCGACGGUGGAAGUGAAGAGUUAAGCGACAUAGAGGUUAGUGACGAGGAAUGA